UCCCUGCGCUAUUUCUACACGGCGGUCUUGGAGCCCAGCCAGGGGCUGCCCCAGUUCGUCCAGGUGGGCUACGUGGACAGCGAGCCCAUCACCCACUAUGACAGCAGCACCCGGAGGAAGAGGCCAGCGGCGCCCUGGAUGGAGAAGGUGGGCGAGGACGAUGCCCAGUACUGGGAGAGGGGUACCCAGAAAUUGCACAAAACUGAGCAAAUGUUACGAGAAAACCUGGCGACUCUGCAGAAAUACUACAACCAGAAAGGGGGGCUCCACACCCUGCAGUGGAUGUACGGCUGUGAGCUGGAGAGUGAUGGGAGCAAAGGAGGAUACAUGCAGUUCGGCUACGACGGGAGCGACUAUCUCAACCUGGACAAGGAGCAUCUCAGGUGGACGGCGGCCGAUGCCACAGCCCAGAUAAGCAAGGUGAAGUUGGAGGCCGAACCCGCCAUUGCUCAGAGAUCCAAGGCCUACCUGGAGGAGGAGUGUGUUGAGUGGCUGCAGAGAUACCUGGACUAUGGCAAGGAGACCCUGCUGAGGACAGAGUCCCCUGAAGUGAAGGUGACUUGCCACAAGUCAUCCACGGAGGACGUGGAAACCCUCAUCUGCCGGGCCCACGGUUUCUACCCCAAGGAGAUCGAAGCCGCCUGGACCAGAGACGGGGAGAGCUGCGAACACGAGACCUUCCGUAGUCGUGUGGCCCCCAAUCCGGAUGGGACUUACUACAUCUCACUCUACACUGACGUAGAGCCCGAGGAGCGGGGCCGCUACCGGUGCCGUGUGGCCCAUGCCGGCCUGUCGCAGCCUCUGGUCUUGGCCUGGGAGGGGCCUGCAGGUGAGAAACGGCUGGGGAAGGGAGAAGGCACAGAUCAGGGGUUGGAUUCUUGGAAUGUGUGGAUCAUUGUAGGAGCCGUCGCAGGGGCUCUGGUUCUCCUGCUUGUUGUGGCCAUCAUCAUCAUCAUCAUGAGAAAACUCCGAGGGGCCAUCAGUUUCAUCCCGGGGGCAGUCGCAGCGAAGCAGAGCGAGGAGGAGCUGGAGAGCCGCAGGGGACGCAUGGAAGAAACGGUAGGAGCUGCAAGGCAUGCUGUGUUGACGUGGGCCCCCCAUGACUCCUGGCGAAGCGGACGGGGCUGGGCUGCGUGGAGGCUGCCCGCGAGGCCUGCUUUUGGCCCCUUGAUACCAACAGGCAAUGUCCUAAGGGUGGCACGACAAGGAAGCUGUCCCUUCUUCGCGGCCUGGGUGGCCGGGGGACUGUCUUCCCUGUGGGAGCAGGAUAUCCAGCCUCAGGCCGGGGCUGUGUAGGCAAGACAAGCCAUGGGGUGGGGAGUGGGUAUUGGGAUUGCUGAGAGCUGGGCCAGGCCAGGCCGGGCCAGGCCAGGCCAGGAGAAGGCCGUGGCAGGAGCGGCAGGUGUUGCAGGCACCGGUGCCAUGUUCGUCUGCCUUCCCCAGGAUACCCCUGUGCUAAGAGCAAGUUGGUGCCCCUCCUCAAGGAGAAGGUGAAGGGUCUAGAGC